AUGGUGACGGCACCCCCUGUCUUUGUGCUCCUUCUUCUUGUUUCCCAGGCAUGGCCGCCGACGGGCCACCUCGCAGCGGCCCUCGGGUUCGACUUCCACCAUCGGUUCUCCAAUAGGGUGAGGCAGUGGGUGGAGUCGGGUAACUGGGUAGGAGGGAAACACGGCCCCCGGAGCUGGCCGGAGAUGGAGAGCGUUGAGUACUACGCCGCGCUGGCGGGGCACGACCGGGGGCGGAGGCUGACCGGCGCUGACUCACCGCUUACCUUCUCCGACGGGAACGAGACAUUCCGGCUCAGCACGUUGGGUUUGUAAGCUCUCCUGGAGGAUUUCUAUCAACUCCUGCCUGCGUCUGGCUCGUCUCUCUUUGUGGAAUUAGUGAUCGUUCUCCUCGUAGUCUCUAUUACGCAGAAGUUUCGGUGGGGACGCCCGGCGUUAGCUUCCUGGUGGCUCUUGAUACCGGAAGCGAUCUUUUCUGGUUGCCCUGCGACUGCAAGAGCUGUGCUCCGACUUCCUCUCAGAGCUACGGAUUGGUAUCUUCCGCUUGAUGUGGUUUUUUCCUCUUUAUUUUCUGUAUUCCUGUCGUCCUUUCUCUUCGUUCCGGUGUUCUCGUUGGCGUAACUUAACCCGUCAAUCCGCUGCUCUCUGCUCUAAAAUGGGAUAACCAAAUGAUAUUCUGUCUCAGGACAAAUUAAAAAGGCAAAGUGAAACUGAAGUCAACACAUAAGUCCAUGCAGACUCACUUUGUUUAUCCAUUUCUGUCUCUAUUGGUUUCUCCGUCAAGCCUUCUCCUCUCUCUCUCUCUCUCUCUCUCUCUCUCUCUCUUCACAUCCCACACUCGUUGCCUCACUUCUGCCGCAGUCUUGUUCAAGCCUGGCCCGUUAAUGCGACCGCACAAGUUGCGAAUUAAUUGUGCCUUUCUUAUUGUCUGUCCUUGCUUUAAAAAUUCUCUCGUCGGCGGUUUAUAUUGGGACGGGUUAUAUUGGGACGGUUUAUAUGAUCUCCAUGAUCACCCACUUUGCUCUCUCUCUCUCUCUCUCUCGCUAUGACGACACAUAAUAAUUCACAUCAAACUUGCAUCGUCACAGGGCCGAAAUUCCAAUUUCAGUAUCUACAGUCCCAGAAACUCGUCAACCAGCAAGAGGCUGCCUUGCCGCAGCUCAUUCUGCGAGAACAAGAUCCAAUGUUCUGUGGAGGGUAGCACCAGUGUAUGUCCAUACAGCAUCACCUAUGUGACCGCAAAUACCUCCACCUCUGGGAUCUUGGUGCAGGACGUCUUGCACCUCAUAACCGAUGAUUAUUGUCGCAACGCCGUUCAAGCUCGGAUCAUACUUGGGUAAUUAUCUCCCCCUCGUUUUGAUAUUUAUUCACAUUUCCCUUCGUAGUUUGGUCUCCAUAAUCCUCCUUCACUCCGAGGAGCCUCAUAGAAGCACGGACUGAAUUUUCGGACAUAGGCUUCGAAAUUCAGUCGCCUCCCCCCGCCCAAAGAAAAAAAAACACGACCCAAUUCAGAUGGGUACGAAGUGAUUCAACUAUAAGUCUCUCUCUCUCUCUCUGUGUCUCUCUCUCUCUACAAAGUGUUAGGGGUUGAGAUUGAGCCCUAUCCAGGCUUCAUAAUGGUCCGGCUGAGAACCAAUCUUUCGGACUUUUCUUGAAUGCCUGAUUUUGACUAGUCACUCAUCCAAUUAAUAUCUUUAAUUGUACCUCCAUCGUGAAGGUGUGGGCAGACUCAGACAGGCGCAUUCCUGAAGUAUGCCGCACCCAAUGGUCUCUUUGGGCUGGGUCUGAAGGCCAACUCGGUUCCUAGCAUCCUGUCGAGGGCCGGCAUCACGUCAGAUUCCUUCUCUAUGUGCUUCGGGAAGAAUGGUGUCGGGAGAAUAAGAUUUGGCGACAAGGGCAGCUCCGAUCAACUCCAGACCCCAUUUAUCACCCAUCGAUCCCGGUGAGAAUUCAUCCAGAGACGUACAUUAGACAUUGCAAAGAAAAAAUCAUUAUUUCAUGCGCUCUCAAUUGAUUUUAAGUUGGAUAAUCAGAUUCCUUGUCAAUAUACCAAUGCUGAUUGUUAUUUUUCAGAUCGAAAAAUAUAUGAUAAUUCAUGCUAUAAUAUAGAUCAGGUUCUGUCAUCCAAUGCCGACGGAAUGAUUGUGAUUGUCGAGUAAUUUGACUAUUUCUAUCUUCCCCCUAAGAAAAAAAGCCAACCCUACUGAAUAUGAUUUCCUUACGUAGAUCUUCUUUUCCAGUGCCAAACCCAAGUAUGACGUUAAUGUGACCAGCAUGCGGGUCGAGACAUCUUCCGCUCCUGGAAGCUUCAUUGCUCUCGUGGACUCGGGGACCUCCUUCACAUCCUUGGCGGACCCUGCUUACACCAUCUUAGCUGAGAGUGUGGGUAAUUAAAUUAAAUCUAUGAAAUUAUGGGAAAAACAUAAUUUAACCCUAGUUCACUAUUUAUUGACUCCUUGUUGCAGUUCAAUUCGAUGGUGCAAGACCAGCGUGGAGCACCAGGGCCUAAUUUCUCCUUCGAAUAUUGUUAUGAAUUGAGGUUAUUUUAUAACAUAUUUAAUGUCAUUUAAAUAUGUACAUUGUUUAUGACCCCACAUUCUUAUUAUACAGUCAAAUUGCAGGUCUAAUGAGUCAACCGUGCCAACCAUAGGCCUGAUAAUGGAAGGCGGAAGCGAGUUCCCUGUCGCUCAACCCACAAUAUUAGUCUCCUCUAGCGUAAGACCAAACAUCACCUCGAGGAGCGAAUCUUUUAUAGACCGAGAGCUAUUCCAUUGACUUCAUCUUCUCCCCCUUCUUAUGACGCAGCUGAGAAGAUACUUCUGCUUGGGAAUUAUAAAGUCCACCGGCAUAAAUAUUAUCGGACGUAAGCUCAUAAUUUCCUUAUCUUAUUAUAAUCAUGAUCUAAGUUUUCGAUAAUACACAAUAUCAGAAGUUAAUGACCCUCCUGGUGCGCAGAGAACUUCAUGGAAGGCCUGCGGAUUGUGUUUGACCGAGAGAAGCUCGUACUGGGUUGGAAGGAAUCCAGCUGUAAGUGCAGUAGAUGGUACGCCACUGACCUUCCUAUUAAACUCAUAAUUAUGGAGGGUGACGUAGAUUUCUCACCUGCCCAGGUUAAGAAGAUCUACCGCCGAAGAUAUCUCUGGCUCCGCAAGGGGAGCGAAAGGUUAGGAUGAGAGUAUAUGAAGAUGAAGUCACUAUGGAGAUCGUAAACCUCAGAAAAAAAUAUAUUCAUAUAUACGUCUUUUACAGAGUUGACUUGGAUAACAAAGUCCCGGAACAUUAGAUUUGUAGAAUAUUACCAGUUUUCGUUGGCGGGCGGCGGGAACACGCCCUUUAUCGCCUCCGUCAGCCCCCGCCCCUCGCAGAGUAAUCUAGUCAAGGAGAGGGCUAAGGUUGAUGGAAGAUUUCAGGCCUCGCCCCGUCUCCGCCGCCAAGGACGGGCCCACACGUUCGCCGUAAGGUUAAACAGGCUGACGUGCUUCUCCACCGAUCGCCAACGGUCACCGGUCGGUCCGUGACGUUCACCUGCCCUAUAUCAUACGUCCCCUCUAACUUCGCCGUCUUCCUCUGGCGACCACUUCCCUCUCGACAUGUUGACUGGUAA